AUGUCUAUCAUCGGUCAACUCGUAUACUUGCUGAUGUAUCAUAUAUAUCUCCGUACCCCACUUGUCUCGUACAUAACAGAUUUGGAGAUUUGUCAACCAAAUUCAAAUUUGGCUCGUGGCUAUGAUGCCUAUAGUGAAGGACGUCCUAAUGCAGACCAGAAAGCUAAUCAGGGAACAAGAGGCCGUGGCCAGGUUGGUUAUCGAGGUAAUUAUACACAAGGCCGACCAGUGGAGUCUAUCAAUAGCGAGCAAAAUAAUACGGCAAAUGGUCGUGGCAAGAGAGGAGGUUAUGUUCCAAGUUAUGGUAGAAGACACAGCCAAGAUAAGCAAAAAGGACCAUUGGAUUACAAUGGGAGUGGUACAGCAGGCUGGGAGCAAUAUGACAGUGCAGUGAGAGGCCCAGAUGGGAUUUAUCAGCAUGAAAAUACCAACUCAUCAUGGCAAUCAAAUGGAUAUGGGGGUGAAACUUCUUCAGAGCCAAUGGUUCAUGAUGAGUAUAGUCCGAGUCAAAGUCUGGCAAGUAGUUUUUAUGAAGACUCCUACAGUUCUCAAAAAGGAGGUGACCAGGUGAUGAAUGGUAUUGAAUACAACGGCCAGCAGCAAAAUGGGAAAUUUGAUCAUCAAGAAAGAAACAGUAACGACAGUUCGAGUCAUGGCCGUAGUCGCGGCCAUGUUCGCGGUGGAUUUAUUGAUCAGAGAACCUUUAGAUCCCAUGAAGAUAGCAACAACAGUGAGCCGCCAAUAAUGAACAAAGGACCUCCAACUGCUCCUUAUGCUUUGCUAUCUUCUGGACAGAGAGGAGGAGAAGGAGCUAAACAACCGACAGUUAGACCACCUAUUGUGGAAAGGAAAGUGCAGGAUAGUAUUGGAAGUGACCAAGUUCCUAUCUCGCGCCGAUUUGGUAAAGAUGUACCCGUUGUGGAGAUCUUAUGCUGGGAUAACGUGAGCCGGGAUCUUAUCCUAAAUAUUGAGAAAACAUUUGAGGCUGCACAUAUUUCUAUCCAUACAUUAUUUCUACAGCGUGGACAUACUUCACGAGAGACUGCAACAAAACAUAUGAUCCAAGAAGGUGUUAAGGCACUGAUGAUUAUUGAACCUAGACACGUAGCCCAAGGAAAGGUAUAUUUGCAAGCAUUUGAGCCAAAUGGAGAUGGAAGUGUACGAUAUGAUGAGUAUGAUAGUAUCACUGUCAAAGAAGCUGUUGUAGUUGUACAGCAGACAUUGAAAAAGUCAGCAGUGCAGGCAUUAUCGGUUCCAUCUGCUCCUUUCCACUCACAGUUGAGUUAUGAGGCUGCUGAACCUGCUUCUGCACCUCAAAAAACAUAUACCUCUCAGCAAAACUAUGCCCCCCCUGCUAUAGUUCAACCACGCAACAACAGCCUCAACAACUGCAACAGCAACCCAACCAACAACACUCAAUGCAACAACCACAACAGCCAAUGCAACAACCACAACAACAAAUGCAUCCUCAUCAACAGCAGCAGCAGCAGCGACCACAACAGCCACAUCAACCACAACAGCCACAUCAACCACAUCAACCACAGAGACCACAACAACCACAACAACCACAACAACCACAACAACCACAGCAACCACAGCAACCACAGCAACCACAGCAACCACAGCAACCACAGCAACCACAGCAACCACAGCAACCACAGCGACCACAACAUCAACCACAACAUCAAUUACAUCAGCAGCAACAGCAGCAACAGCCAUCACAGCAACUGCCACAGCAGCCACGGCAGCAACCUCCACAACCACCUCAUCAACUCCAGUCUCAACCUUACCAAAAAUAUCAUCAACAAUCUCCCCAAUCCCAAAAACGGUCUCCUCCAGCUCAAUAUCAUUCUCAGCGGUACCAGCAACCAUCCCAGCAGCAACCACCACAGCAGCACCCAGCAGCAGCAACCAUCUUAUCAGCAGCAGCGCCCAGCGCAAAUCCAACAAACUUACCAGCAACCUCAACAAUCUUCUUAUAAACCCCAGCAAUCGGCAAUACAGAGCCCACCUCCUACGCCUUCUGUGACCCCUGGUCCUGGGCCUAUUUCAAAGGAAUCCUUACAACAACUUUUGUCGAGUUGGAGCGCUGGGGGUGUUGGGGCACUUUUAGCCUCUACAAAUGCUGUUAAUCAACAGCAGCAACAGCAGCAACAGCAACAGCAGCAACAUGUGGUACCAACAUCAACACACUCUGGGGCCUUAAAUCAAGCACCAUCCUCUUAUGGAAGUUCAUCUGGGUACUCUUUAGCUCCUGGUGCUCCGAUACCAACCGCACCUUCUACGACGGGCUAUUAUUCCAAUGGCAGAUAUAAUGGUUCUGGUAACCAACCAUACUCACAAGAAUCACAUAAUGCAAGGAAUAACGGAUAUGGAAAUAGUUCUAUCUCAAAAUAA